AUGAAGAUUGGUUAUUGCUUAGUGGUGGUGGUGUUGUUCAUGGUCCCUCUGUGCUAUGCCACCAGAUUGAGUGGCGUCUCUUCCCAGAAGCUUGAGGUUAAGAAGCAAUUGAACCGUUUAAACAAGCCUUUCCUCAAGUCCAUCAAGAGCCCAGAUGGGGAUACAAUUGACUGUGUACAUAUCUCCCACCAGCCAGCUUUUGAUCACCCUUCCCUCAAAAACCAUACAGUUCAGAUGAGGCCAAAUUAUCAUCCAGAAGGGCUGCUUGAUGAUAACAAAGUGUCCAAUUCAAAAUCCCAAAAUGAUGGGUCAAAACCAAUUGCUCAGUUAUGGAACUUGAAUGGAAGGUGCCCAGAAGGAACCAUUCCUAUCAGAAGAACAAAGAGAGAGGAUAUCCUCAGAGCAAGCUCUGUCGAGAGUUUUGGAAAGAAGAAGAAUUCUAGUGUCCCUAAACCAAAGUCUGCUGGACCUGACUUCAUCAGUCAAUAUGGCCAUCAGCAUGCAAUAGCUUAUGUUGAAGGAGAUAAUUACUAUGGAGCAAAGGCAACCAUUAAUGUAUGGACUCCCAGAGUACAGCAACCCAAUGAAUUCAGCUUGUCUCAGCUAUGGAUCUUGGGAGGCUCUUUUGCUUAUGACCUCAACAGUAUUGAAGCUGGCUGGCAGGCA